GACACAGAAAGCAAAGACACAUCCAGGAGAGGAAGAAGAAGAAGAAGAAGAAGAAGUAGAAGAAGAAGCAGAAGUAGAAGAAGUAGAAGAAGCAGAAGAAGCAGAGCGGCAUGCUGCAGUGGAGAGGACGGAUGGAUGACAGGCGGGAGUGUAACAGGGCAGUGUUGGUGUCGGUGGCUCAGUUUGAUCAGGGGGUCGGUCUGACGAGGAGGCCUGGAGUCAAGAAGGACGUCAAGGAACUCCACAGCGCCCUCAGCAAACUGGGCUUCAAGGUGGACGUCCACAACGACCUGAGCGCAGACGAGAUCUAUGAGCUGUUUCACACAGAGAGCCGGCGGCCUGUGAAGGACUGUUUUCUGGCCGUCCUGUCGUCUCACGGGGAGGAGGGCUGCGUGUUCGGAGCCGAUGGGAAACCCGUCCAACUGUCGCAGAUAUUCUCGUAUUUCGACAACGAAUCGAUGGAGAAAAAGGCCAAAGUGUUCCUGGUGCAGGCCUGUCGAGGACUCGCUCUGGAUCCUGGUGUGGAGGUGGAUUCAGCUGAUGGCAGCAGAGAGAGCAGCUUCUCGCAGUAUCUGUCACUUCCUGUAGACACAACUGUGAUGUACGCCACAGCACCAGGUUACGGAGCCUUCAUGCACCCUCUUGGAUCCGUCUUCCUCCAGACGUUCUGCACCUUAUUACAGGAGGAAGGCUUUCGGAACCUGGAGCUGACCCGCCUGCUGACCCGCCUCUCCCACAGGGUGGCCUACACCUUCCAGGCCAAAGGUCGCGACCUGGGCGGGAUGAAAGAGAUGCCGUGCCUCGUGACCCGACUGACCAGAGAAGUGUUCCCCUUCGCAGAGCCGGGGAAAGACGGCGGGUCCGCCGGGCUCUCGGCCACGUCACUGGUCCACAAGGACAACACCCGGACACGGACUCCCUCCAUCAGUUAGACUGCAGCAGGCCAGCGGACGUGACUGCGUCUGAAUGUAUGAGGACGAUCGUUAUCAGCAGGAAUGUAGAUGGACGAGAGAUUAGAUCCAGAAGAAAGUCCAAAGAUGUCAUCAAGGAAACAGCUGCUGAGAUAUUCUGCUGAUGUUGUACAGAACUCUGGAGCCGGUCGUGUUCUGGUCACAUGUCACCUGUCAUUUCUUUAUUUAUUCAUGUUUCUGUUUGUUAAUAAAGAAGGAUUUAAUGUA